CGGGCAGCCCGGCAUGGCGGAGAGCCCGGGGCGGCCCCCGGAGCCCAGCGAUGUCCCGCGGGAGGGAGGCGAGGAUGAGGCGGCGGCGGGGGCUCAGCCCGGGUUGUGCCCCGAGGGGGCGGCCGAGCCCCCGGACGGGCCCGCGGAGGGACCGCGGCUGAGCGCGGAGGCGGCGGAGACCCCCGGGGAGAGCCCGGCGGCACCGAGCGGGGACGGCCCGGGGGGCGAGGGGCAGCCGGGCGGGGAGCCGGGGGCCGCGGGGGUGAUGGACGAGCCCCAGGGCUCCGCGGCGGCCAGGACAGAGCCCGAGGGACAGGCGGCGGCACCGGCGGGGACGGAGCCUGAAGGGGCAGCCCCGGAGGGGACGGAGCCCGAGGACACGGCUGUGACCCCGGCGGGGACGGAGCACGGAGCGGCAGCGACAGAGCCCGAGGUGGCCGCUGGGGACCCGGCGGGGACAGAGCCCGAGGACGCGGUGGUGGCUCCCGCGGGGACAGAGCCCGAGGACGCGGUGGUGGCCCCGGCGGGGACAGAGCCCGAGGACGCGGUGGCGGCCCCGGCGGGGACGGAGCCCCAGGAGGCUGUGAGGGAGGAAGCCCCGACGGAGGGAGAGCCCGAGACAAUCCCGUCAGAACCAGAGCCUGAGGAGGCUGCGGCGACAGCCCCGUCCGGGAGAGACAACGGAGAGCAAGAGGCAACAGCCCCGGAGGUGACAGAGCCCAGAGAAGCAGAGGCGACAGUCCCGGAGGUGACAGAGCCCGGAGAGGCGCUAACGCAGGCGGUCGCAGGGGGAGCGGAGCCCGAGGAGGCUGUCGCGACAGCCCCGUCCGGGACAGAUCCUGAGCCUGGGGUGCAGGAGGGAGCCCCGGCGGGGACAGAGCCCGAAGAGGCUGCAGUGACAGCCCCGGCGGGGACAGAGCCCGAGAAGGCGAUGGGGGAGGCAGCCCCGACGGGGACAGACCCUGAGGAGGCUGCAGCGACAGCCCCGACGGGGACAGAGCCCGAGGAGCUGGUGGGGACAGAGCCCGAGGCUGAGGGGAGGGAGGCAGCUCCAGCUGGGGCUGUCACCGAGAAUGCCGUGCAGGAGGCAGCCCCGGUUGCUGUGACAGUCCCCGAAGAGGCGUUGGGGACAGYCCCUAAGGAUGAGGUGCAGGAGGCAGCCCCGGCUGUGACAGUCCCCGAGGAGGCGUUAGGGACAAUCUCUAAGGAUGAGCUGCAGGAAGCAGCUCCGGCUGGGACAGUUCCUGAGGAGGGGGCGGCCCCGGCGGGGACAGUCACCAAGGGUGAGGUGCAGGAGACAGCUCAGGAAGGGACAAUCCCUGAGGAGACGCUGGGGACAGUCCCCGGGGAUGCUGCGCAKGAGGCAGCUCCGGCUGGUGCGACUGUCCCCGAGGAGGCGUUGGGGACAAUCCCUAAGGAUGAGGUGCAGGAAGCGGCCCCGGCUGGUGUGACAGUCCCCAAGGAUGAGGUGCAAGCGGCAGCUCCGACAGGGACAGUCCCUGAAGGGGCGUUGGGGACAAUCCCUAAGGAUGAGGUGCAGGAGGCAGCCACGGCUGGUGAGACAGUCCCGGAGGAUGAGGCGCGGGAGGAAGCUCCGGCGGGGACAAUCCCCGAGAAUGCGGUGCAGGRGGGAGCCCCGGUUGCUGUGAGAGUUCCCGAGGAGGCAUCGGGGACAGUCCCUAARGAURAGGUGCGGGAGGCAGUCCCGSUUAGUCCSACAGUCCCGGAGGAUGCGGUGCGGGAGGAAACCCCAGCUGUGACAGUCCCCGAAGAGGCGUUGGGAACCGUCCCUAAGGCUGAGGAGCAGGAGGAAGUCCCGGCAGGGACAGUCCCCGAGGAUGAGGUGCAGGAGGCGUUGGGGACUGUCCCCAAGGACGAGGUGCAGGAGCCAGCCCCGGUUAGUGUGACAAUCCCCGAGGAUGAGGUGCAGGAGCCAGCCCCGGCAGGGACAGUCCCCGAGGAUGCAUUGGGGACAAUCCCCGCGGAGGCGUUGGGGACAGUCCCCGUGGAGGCGCUGGGGACAGUCCCCGCGGAGGCCGCCGAGAGCCGCGGGCCAGCGCAGGUGGCGUUGCUCGCCCAAGCCGAGCCCGGUGCGGGUCCCCGGUCCCCGGGCGGCCCCGGUGGCGAGGACGCGGCGGAGGCGGAGCGGGGACCCGCAGUCCCGGCGGCGACAGGAGCCCCGGGGACAGGCGACAGCGGCUCCCCGGGCCCCGAGAGCGGGCGGGACGCGGCGGAUCGGAGCCUGAACGGGGAGCGGGGCCAGCAGGACGGGACGGGCUCGCCGGGCGCCCUGGAGGAGGAGGAUGAGAAGCAGGAGCACGACAUCUCCCUSUUCGUCAAGGCUGGCAGYGAUGGGGAAAGUAUUGGGAACUGCCCCUUUUCUCAGCGCCUCUUUAUGAUCCUGUGGCUCAAAGGUGUCAUAUUUAAUGUUACAACCGUGGAUUUGAAAAGAAAACCUGCAGACCUGCAGAACCUGGCCCCRGGCACCAACCCCCCGUUCAUGACCUUUGACGGGGAAGUGAAAACCGACGUAACUUCCUUUUGUUUCUUUUACCUUCCCAGGUAUCCCAAACUUGCACCGAAACACCCCGAGUCGAACUCAGCGGGAAAUGACGUCUUUGCAAAAUUCUCUGCGUUUAUAAAGAACCCGAGAAAAGAUGCAAAUGAAAAUUUGGAAAAAUCUUUGCUUAAAGCCCUGAAGAAGCUGGACAACUAUUUAAAUAGCCCCUUGCCUGAUGAAAUCGAUGCUUACAGCACAGAGGAGAUCACCGUUUCCAGCCGGAAAUUCCUGGAUGGAGAUGAGCUCACUUUAGCCGAUUGCAACCUCCUACCAAAGCUCCACAUAAUCAAG